ACUUUUCUUAUAAAUGUACAGAGUGACACAAAAUCUUAUAAAAUAAAUUUUUUGUGUCACCCUGUAUAAACAUAUAUUAAACUCAAUUAUUCAACAAUCACAUCAAUAUUUCUCCUUCCUUGAGUUAAAAAAUAAUACAUAAAUCACAUGUUUCGAUAAGGGUGACCAAGGAUAAAACAAACAAUAAAACAUUUUAUACUCUACCCCUCCAUAUAUUUGUUAUUCUCUCCAUUAGUUUACCACCAUAAAUCAGAUAAUUUAGCACCUUAAUAAUAAAAAUAAAUAUAUCCCACAAGUAUGUACAAAUUUACUCCAGAUAUACAAAUCAAUAUUAUAUGAUAUGAUGAUCAAGAUGAGAUGGGCCACACUGGUGGAUCCCCACUUGGUUGGGCCCAGAAAAAGAAUUUGUAGGGCCUCAAAAAUGGGCCUUUUUGGCAAAUAUAGAGGUCUGCCUAUAUUGGGAGAACUCAGGCAUAUUUCACGUUAUCGUGACGUAACCUCUAAAUAUGUGGUGAUAAAGGGUAAAUACAAAGGCACUAGACCAAUUCAAGAUGGCAGUAGCAGUCUGUCUGUUUCCAAGGUCUCCUUACUACCAUACCAACGCCAUCUUUCGGGUUUACGAAAAAGACUGACCCCACCGACCACCGACCGGUCGGUGUUUUCCACUGGUAGCCUCAAAACAGGGUUUGAAGAAAAUGUGUAAAAGACUGACUAUAUCAUGUAAAAGACUGAACAUAUUUGUAGCCUUAAAAUAUUAAUAAUUUGAUUUUGAAUGUCAAUCGUUGGACUAGGCAACGUUUUACCGAUUUUGUACCUUGCAACGAAUGGCAAGCAAACAAAUUGGGCAUCCGUUUCCUCUCGAUUAAUUGUCCUGCCUUAGGUCCUAACCUAUCAUUAACCAACCUAUUGUUUCUUUUUAUGAAAUUUAAACCUGCACAUCGCUCCAAAACGCAAUCUUGGGUUGUUUCGGGUGAACUUUAUCAUUUUGAGCUUAAUGAAAGAUUAUAGAAUGAUGAACAAAUGGGGCAAAUCUUGUGUAUAAAUACUUACGAUGAAUGUGUCAUUUCAAAGAUUGUUCAUCGAAUUACUUCGAUUGGUGACGACGAUAUGAUUUU